AUUGACUGCUCAUUUAUUUAAAUUUGUCACUUUGUAAAUCCCCGCCUUCGUUACACAAUAUUGUUUAGAAAAGACUAAUUCUAAUAACAUCAUUUAGUGUUAUGUUUUGAAAUUGACUGAAGUGAUCUGGUUAGAUCAACCUAUGGUCAGUACCGAACCGCUUAUACUUGGUUUUAUUUUCAACUUUUUUAAACAAAAUAAAUUCCUUCCCAUCGUCUUUUGCGUCCAGUAAUAUCAUUCCAAAGGAUUGGGGCUGGAAGUAAAAUUAUUGUGCCUAAUUGGAAGACAGUUUUUGUGAAGUCACUAAAACUUCAUAAUGUCUUGAGAACAAUAAUUACAGUGCGUAUGUGACAUCACAAAUUUAAAAAUUAUAUCAACUAUAUGAAUAUACUCACUGAUGAAUGACCAAUUUAAUGAGUUUAUAAUAUUACUGUAAGUCUUUCUAUCAAUCUAUGAUGAACUGAAUACAAAUGGACAACUGAUGAUUGAUAUAGAAGCCAAGUAAUAUUCUAAACGGACUGUAAAUAAGAUUAUUAUACGUCUAAUCAGUGUUUAAUAACUAGAAAAGUAGCCACUUAAGCUCAACUUCACGUGAACAAAUAAGAUAUAAUGAAUAAAAAACUGAAAUCGACCAUUUUCAUAUUGCAAUGUUUUCCAAUCAGACCGUGUUUUGAUUUUAUUUAUUAGUUAAACUUGAUAAUAAAACCUUGUAGGUAUCACUUAAAUCACAAAAAUCUUUACUAUUCUUUGUUUUAAUUGUAAAACACAAUUAUCCAUAACAUCUUUGAAUCAAAAGCCUGAGGGUAACGAUCUAGUUGAUUAUCCGAGUUUUCCUUGAUGCUGAAGAUAAUGAAAAAGUGGUCACAGCACAAAAUAUAAGAAGUGAUGAAGAUUGAUAAACUAUGGUCUAGAUGAAAAUAUUUUAGGAAUCCCACUGAUGAAUAUCUAUCCACUGAUUUCAUUUCAGCUUUACAAAUUUCUCGUUCUUUUAUAAUCAAUACAUUUUAGAAAGCAAUAAACACGGAACUAUAAAACCGAUUUUAUUUACAUACCGAAUGUCUUGUUUAUUUCAUUUUUACUUUGAUGAAUGAUUAUAUUAUACUUCUUCUUUAGAUUAGCCUUAUUGACUCAUAUUCUUAGCAUAAUUGAAAAAUGACUUACAGACUUGCCAAUCUGAAUGAAGUCUUUUAUAAUAUCAGGCAAAAAUAGUAAUGAAAGGGAAAUUCUAAACGUUGACUAGCCAUUUGCUAAUGUAAACAUUUUUCAAAAUAUUUAUAUGUUAAUCACUUCAGCUACUAUAUGGACUAACUAGGCAUGGGAAUUUAUUUCAUAUUUCACUAGUUUUUCAUUGAGUAAAAUAGUUUGUUAGUAAACUUCGUCAACAAUCAUGAAAGUUUAGAUUUUAGAACACACUUUUGGACUGGUUACUGAGUUACAAGUCAUAACAAUAUAACAUUACAAGGGAUGUAUUUUGCUUAAAGGUAACAUAAUAUAAUUACAGUAUUGAGUACAGUUAAUGAUGACCACGUUUUUGAAUCUUAGUUAUUUUAACCAAAGUUAUCUGCACCAACUCAAUGUUUCAAGUGUUUUGUUUUGUUGUGUAAAGAUUUGGAGACUUCCAUAUUUACCUAGUCAGUUCCUGAUGAAAAAUAUUACUCGACCAAACAUAAUUGUAAGUUCCACUUGAUUAAAAAAUAUAUUACUUACAUGUAAUUCAUUGUGAAACAGAAUAGCAGAGUUGAAUGAAUCAUUUCGAAUGGUGACAUACAACACUCGAUAAAAUGAAGUUCGAUAGCUUUAGAAUGUAAGUUCAUCUGAGUAUUAACUAAGAGAUGACAUAAUUUGAGGUUUGAAGCCAUUUCAAAAUUGAAUGCAGUUUACAAAAGUAAAACACCUCGUAAAGCUACUUAUCGAGGUAACAUUCUCAACAAUAAGGGGUACUUCACAAGAAGGAAAGUCAAAAUUUUAAUCGUUUGAACGAAUAAUAAAUAUUUUGACAAAAAUAUCAAUAAUACAUGAUUAUUAUUCUGUGAAUAAUUAUGGGUAAAAUUCAUUUUAAUACGUCUGUACCUGAUUUGGAUCAAAUAACAAAUGGCAAAAAUGUGGAAGGUGAUGGCGGACCAAUAAAAGUGUCAGCAAAUUCAACAAGGAAAGCUAAAAAUCAUUUACAACGUGUCGUUUCAAUGUUUUAUUGCUUUCUAAUAUUUGCUAUUGGUUUAUCUAUUACACUUUACAAUACCGGAGAAAAAGAAGCUGAGACUGAAAAAUCAUUUGUUUCAUUUUAUACCAUAAUGUUUGUCAGCUCUAUCGUUGUUAUGAUUUUUACACUGGGCUACGUGUAUCGACAUCGCAAUGCUAGUUUGGAGGCAAUCGAAAAAGGAGAGUUAUCAGCUCCUAGAAUUGCCUUUUCAUUUCGUGGCGAAGAUGUAAACUUGUAUCUGCGUUUCGGAAUUGGAUUGUUUGCAGCCAUGUCCAUCGUUCAUUCAGCUACAAGAUGUUAUGAAAUUGCAAAGAAAUAUCCGUUACAUUCGGCCUCUAUUAUUUACAUAUUUUUCAAAAUUCUGUUCUUUAUCACUCAGACCGUAUUUUUGCUACUUUUACAUCGUAUAGUAAUUCUUGUGAGAAUACGCAUCUUCAGUUUUAUACUACUACACAUUCUAACAGUGAAUCUGUGCAUCUGGUCAGAUGCUGUUAUUAAAAAAAUAUCUAAGAGUAUUGGAACUUUGGCAGUCCUAAAUAUAACUGUUGUACAUAAAAAGUAUGAAUUAGCGGCAACGAAUUAUUUUCUCCCUGCAGUACCAGAAUAUUGUGCAAUUGCUGUGGCUGUAGUUUACGAAUUGUUACAUCGUGUUGGACAGUUGAAACAAAUUGAAUGUCAACAUGAAAAAAAAGAACACCAUGUGAAAUGUGUUGAUCGUGGUUCCAUUGGCAUCAUUAUCGGAACAAUUAUAAUUUGUACUGUUAUGGGAGUUGUUAUGUUAUUGGAGAUUUGGGGGAAAAAAAUUCAUGAUCAUGUAUAUAUCGCUCAUUCAACUGAAACAAGCAUACUCUUUAUUAUUGCAUUAAUAUUUUGUGUUAUUGGUAUAUGGAAUACAAGGAAAUUGAAAUUCUCAGUGAAUUUUUCAAAUCAAAAUUUAGAUAGCAAAUUAUUAAUAGUUACAUUUUUUAUAACUGUCACAUUUUUAGUAGCAUGUAUUCUACUCAAUAUUGCAUUCUUAUUGGGUAAUGGUUUCAGUAAUAAUGAACAAGAGUGUCUUAAAUUACAUUUAUUCUCAGCAUUUUUAGAGUUAAUACAAGUUACAGUGCAGAAUUUUUUUAUAAAUGACUUAUUCUAUAGAUGUUGUCACGACGCAUCAUAUCAACAGCGUAAGCCAGGCCGUGCAAUGAUUGCAUUAUUAUCAGCCAUAAAUUUUUCUUUAUGGAUGAUUUAUAGCUUUCAGGCAAAACAUAACAAUAUACUACUCAGUGUGAAUAAAAACUAUGUACAAACAAGUGAACUUCAAAGUUUGUUCAUCUACAUAAAUGUAUCCCUACCAAUGGUUAUGUUAUAUCGUUAUCACAGUAGUGUAUGCUUAGCAAUUGAAUACAUUCGUGUAUAUGAAGACGAAAUAACACGAUAUGAAAGUAUGUUACGUGGAGUACCGCAUACUAAAUUAUUACCAUUUGGUUCUAAGUGGGAGGUAAUUGAAUCGCAGCACCCAAAUUACUCUUCACCAGCUAAUUUACUGGCAGUGCCUAGAACCAGAGCUUUAUCAGAACCUGUAGUAACAUUGAAUCCAAGUGUUUUGUUAAAAGAAAUUCAUACACUGGAUAAAAGCGACACUAAAAUUAGUAGAAAUCAUCAAAAUAUUUCAAGUUUGAAUGAACAAGAAGAAAAAAAACAGACUAUAAAAUCAAAUAAAUUAGAACAAUCUAAGUCGCAAAAGUAUACCAAUCAAAAUAAAAGACGUACAACACAUAUCAGUAUGGAAUUAGCACAAUAUCGUGUAAAUGCAAGUGAAAUGGAGCAUCGUUUGGCUGAAAUGAAAUUAAAGAAAUAUAAACGUGGUAAAGACGAUCACUCAAUAAAUGAAAAAUUAACACUUAAUAGAUUUAAUCCACAUAAAGAAGCAGAGCCAACAAUGUCAACUUCGUUAUCCGAUAGCGCAUUAUCUACAGUACGUACCACGGAUACGAUUAAUGAAGAUGAUGACGAAGAUGAUGUUACUGGUGGUAUGGAAUGUGACGAUUAUGAACGACAGAAUCCAUCACCUGAAUCAUGUUAUUAUACUAAAACAGGGGAUAGUAGUUCAGCUACAUAUCUUACACAUAGUCAACUAUAAUUUUAGAACAAAAACAAUUUCUAAAAUUAAAUGUAAAGACAUUAUUCAAAAUAAUUCCAUACGUCUAUGAGUACAUAUUUUUAAAAAUAGUUUUGAAUUUGUUUACUUAAAAAAAACGAAAAAUUAGUUUUCUGUGAUAGUUUAUUGAUUGAUAUUAAAAGGGUUUAAUGAUUUUUUUUUUGUUGAUUUACUGUUCAUGAUAAAUUUAUUAUAUUGAAAUACUUUUUAUUGAAUAUUGUUUUGAUUCCAUUUUUUACACUUUCAUUUCUUCUCCUUCAACCUUAAACUACAGCCACCAUUAGACAACAUCGAUGAUAGUUUAAUUCAGACAAAUAAAAUUAUCUUUUGUUAUGUACUUUAAUAUUUUAAUGAAAAUCUUUGUGUGUAAAUCACAAUGAUUAAUUAAGCAAUUAUACCAUGCAAUAAGAUGGCAAUAAGAAUAUUAAGUUUUCAACACAAAUUCAUAAAAAUGACCCUUGUGUUUUUCUUACUCUCACUUACUCUAUCCAAAUUUUGUUUUUUUUUUCUGAAAAUCAUAACAUUAAACACGUACACCAAGUCAAAUUCCGAUCACAUCUUUUUUUAAAAAUUUGAAUUGCAAUAUUAUUGUACUAAUGAUGACUUUUGUGUCUAUGAUUUGUUAGUGUUUUCUUAUUAAAACAACAUUCAUACUUUUAUGUUUUAAGUUUGUUCUUACUACAACUUAACGAAAUGUCAUCAGGUAAUGGUCUAUUCAAAGUUACAUUUGGAAUAAAUUCAAGUUAGCUUUCGGUAUUC